CGUCCCCUGAAGCAUUUUAAUGGCUGUGUGGCCUCUGAUUUUCUACUCAACUUACUUCCAAUCUGCCGUGAUGGUUCUGUGUGGUAGAGGAAGAGGGCACUCUGAGGCUGGUACAGGAAGCAGCACUGGGGAAGGUUCAUGAAUAUGCAUCAUGAUAAUUAUUUCUCUCUCUUUCAGAAAAUGAAUUCCUCCCGACUUCUCCUCCUCAUCGUCAUGGUGAUGACUCCAUCUGAAUGUUCAGGGUCGGCCGAGCCCCAAUGCGAGGGCUUUGAUGUGGAGUCGUUCUACCUUCUUGAAGGGGAGGCGUUUUAUUUCGAGCCCUAUGCUCUGGACAGCGGCCCUCUGGAUAAAAUGUUCACCUGGUUCAGAAAGAAUAACAACAAUAAGACUGAGAAUAUCACCAGCGACGAGAAUGAGGACGUCCAUCACCACGGCGGAGCGCUCUUCUUCCUGAACCCCCUCAUUAAGGACUCUGGCUUUUACACGGCACGGCAACACGCCUCAUCAGGACAGUGUUACGACUAUUAUGCCAACUUUGACGUCAGCCCUACGGUUAUCAGAAGAAACCUCUACCCAGAAAUAAAGAACUCUGACGUGAACAAGAGGAUCCCAUGUCCAGACCCGAUCCAACACACAUGCGCAGUGUUGAAUGGAAGCUUCACCUGGAACAAGGACUCCAAACUCCUUCAAGACAACCACAAAGAUCACCUGUGGAUUUACAACAUGGCCAAAGCUGACGAGGGCAUCUACACGUGCAUUUGUACCUGGACGCACAACGGCAAGGAGUACAAAUCGUCGGGGUCCAGGAGUCUGGAAAUGGAAGAUCUCAAUGUUCACCGAGACGUGAUGAUCCUCGCUCCAGCCAACAAGGAGUAUUUUGCAGAGGAAGGCGCUGGCCUCCAGCUGACCUGCUCCGUGUUCUGUGGGACCAACGUGAAAUCUAAAUGUAAAGCCAGCUGGCGCGUCGACGCCGUCGCUCCCUAUUGGCUCGCUGGAUACAAUGAAACCAUGGAAACAGUCAACCUGAGACCUUCAAGCACCACCAUCUCCACUGCAAUCCUGACCAUCGACAAAGUGUCCGCUCAGGAUUUCAAAGCUACAUUUGAAUGCAGAGGCCAGGGCAUGUACAAGCUGGAGUCUGUCUCUUUAAAUCUGAAGCGGAGAGAAACAAUAGUCCCACUGUUCGUUGGAGGAGUGUGUGUGUUGAUUUUCUGUGUGUUCGCCGCCAUGCUGGUCAAGUGCUUCGCAAUCGAACUCGUUCUCUUCUUCAGACCCUGCUUCCCAUUCAGUUGUUGCGAUAAAGAUGGGAGGCUGUUUGACGCCUACGUGGUCUACCAAAUGCAGAGCCCGGACAAGGUCACAGAGGACACGCUCGGUCACUUUGUAGCCAAGAUCUUGCCCUCCGUCCUCGAGGACAAGUGCGGAUAUCGACUCUUCAUCCACGGGAGGGACGACGUACCCGGGGAAGAUCGCCUGGAGCUGGUGGAGGACCGCAUGAAGCAGAGCAGGAGGCUGAUGGUCAUCCUCACCCCUGGUUCAGGAUCAGAGUCAGAGAGCUCAGACCAGCAUUCCGUCUCACCCCAAAACCCAGAGAUAGGAGGGUUUGACUGGCAGGUGGGGCUCCACCACGUGCUGCUGCAGAGAGAAAUGAGUGUGAUUCUGAUCCAGCUGGGGGAUCAGGGCCCACAAGGAUACACACACCUUCCCGCCGGCCUACAGCAUCUGAUUCUCAAGAAUGCCCCCAUCAGGUGGCCCGAGGGCUCACGGGGCGCCGGCACCAGGAACUCACGCUUCUGGAAGAGAGUGAGAUACCUGAUGCCGGCCACACCUGCAAAAAGAUGUCCACAAUCUGCUGUUAUUUGAAGCCCUGGUUGAUUUACUGGCCUUUCUGGAAUGAUAUGUAGCAUGUGCAAUUAAAGGAGCCAGACACUCCAGUUAUGUUUACUUUUUAAAUUAUGCUAAUACAGUCAUUUAUUUACUCUAGGUUAAAGAAAGUGUGGGGAAAAAUAAAAUAAACCAAAUUAAACAUCUAAACAUCUGGCAAAACGUUUUAUAAAGAUGCAGUAGCUACAGGGAUGCACAUACUACAGAGAUAGACAACCUAGAUACAAGACCUUAAGAGAUACAAGACCUUUAGAGACACAAGACCUUAAGAGGUACAAGACCUACAGAGAUGCACAACCUUAAACAAUGCAAGACCUAUGGAGAAACAAGACCUUUAGAGAUGCAGAAUGUACACAUAUGCAGGACCUUCAGAGAUGCAAGUCCUCCAGAUAUACAAUACAUUUAGAGAUGCAGGACCUACAGAGAUGCAAUACAUACAGAGAUACAAGACCUUUAGAGAUGCAGAAUGUACACAUAUGCAGGACCUUUAGAGAUGCAGGACCUACAGAGAUGCAAUACAUACAGAGAUACAAGACCUUUAGAGAUGCAGAACGUACACAUAUGCAGGACCUUCAGAGAUGCAAGACCUACAGAUAUACAAAACCUUUCGAGAUGCAGUACUUACAGAAAUGCAGGACCUUUAGAGAUGCAAGACAUACAGAAAUACAAGACCUUUAGAGAUGCAGAACGUACACAUAUGCAGGACCUUCAGAGAUGCAAGACCUACAGAUAUACAAAACCUUUAGAGAUGCAGAAUGUACACAUAUGCAGGACCUUUAGAGAUGCAGGACCUACAGAGAUGCAAUACAUACAGAGAUACAAGACCUUUAGAGAUGCAGAACGUACACAUAUGCAGGACCUUCAGAGAUGCAAGACCUACAGAUAUACAAAACCUUUCGAGAUGCAGGACUUACAGAAAUGCAGGACCUUUAGAGAUGCAAGACAUACAGAGAUACCAGACCUUUAGAGAUGCAGGAUUUACAGAGAUGCAGGACCUAAAGAGAUACAAUACAUACAGAAAUACAAGACAUUUAGAGAUGCAGGACCUACAGAGAUGCAGGACCUACAUAUAUACAAGACCUUUAGAGAUGCAGGACCUACAGAGAUGCAAUGCUUACAGAUAUGCAAGACCUUUAGAGAUGCAGGACCUACAGAGAUGCAAUGCUUAUAGAUAUACAAGACCUUUAGAGAUGCAGGACCUACAGAGAUGCAAUGCUUACAGAUAUGCAAGACCUUUAGAGAUGCAGGACCUACAGAGAUGCAAUGUUUACAGAUAUGCAAGACCUUUAGAGAUGCAGGACCUACAGAGAUGCAAUGCUUACAGAUAUACAAGACCUUUAGAGAUGCAGGACCUACAGAGAUGCAAUACAUACAGAGAUACAAGACCUUUAGAGAUGCAGGACCUACAGAGAUGCAAUACAUACAGAUAUACAAGACCUUUAGAGAUGCAGAACCUACAGAGAUGCAAUACAUACAGAUAUACAAGACCUUUAGAGAUGCAGAACCUACAGAGAUGCAAUGCUUAUAGAUAUACAAGACCUUUAGAGAUGCAGGACCUACAGAGAUGCAAUACAUACAGAUAUACAAGACCUUUAGAGAUGCAGAACCUACAGAGAUGCAAUGCUUACAGAUAUACAAGACCUUUAGAGAUGCAGGACCUACAGAGAUGCAAUACAUACAGAUAUACAAGACCUUUAGAGAUGCAGGACCUACAGAGAUGCAAUACAUACAGAUAUACAAGACCUUUAGAGAUGCAGGACCUACAGAGAUGCAAUGCUUAUAGAUAUACAAGACCUUUAGAGAUGCAGGACCUACAGAGAUGCAGAAGCUGCAGAUUUCUGACUGAAUGUAGACUUUAUUCAUAUUCUGAUACCGUUUGUGUUUUUAAAAUGUACUCUUUUGUUAUGAACUUUUUAAAUUUAGUAUUGUGAUUGGAUGUCAUUGGACUAGUAGCAGUUUCUUUGUAUCUGUUGUAAACGUUUGUUUUUUUCCAACAUUAAAAUUAGGAAUUAUUAAUAAAAUAAAUGCCACAAAUGUUGCUCAUGG